UACUAUAAACAAAAUGAACCAAUCCAAACCAAGAUGGCCGCCUUCAUCGAUGAGUUUUGAUUUUACCUACUUUACCAAUCUAUAACGUUCGUUUUUCUGACCUGAUCUCAGAAUUGAAACAAGCUGUUGGAUCUACAUAGAAAGUACACUACCGGAACUACACUCCUGUGUCGUUGUUGUCCUUAUCCCGACCAUGGCCAGCUCUAGCCCGCCACCCGACCCCCAGACGUCGCACCCUCCGCGGAGGAUGCCGACCCCGCGGGCCAGGAAGGUGGAGGACUUCAGUUUCGGCCCGUGGACCAUCACUGCUGUGAAGAGCCACAUCAUGCCGUCAGACGAUAUGGACAAACUGGCCUCCCAGUUAGACAUCCCCCAGUUACCUGAGAUGCUGUUUGGUCAGAACGUGCUGAGAAUAAAACACUCCGCAGGGUUCGGGAUAGAGUUCAACGCCCUGGACCACAUGAAACUGGUGGACAACAAACAUGACCUGAUGAAGGUCGCUGUUUCUGAGGCCUGGAGGCAGGCAAGAUCCGGCAGUGAACACAUCCACGAGGUGAUCAAGCCUUUUGACUGGACCUUCAGCAGUAACUACAAAGGAACUCUACUUCAGGAUAGUGUUCCACUGCAGGUGGAAGAAAGCACAGAGCUGAUAGACAUUGAGAAGCUGAAACAGCGGGAGCGGAUCGUGUACUUUGAGGAGGUGGUUCUGUUCGAGGAUGAGCUGGCUGACAACGGCUGCUCAACACUCAGUGUCAAAAUCCGAGUAAUGCCGACGAGCUUCUUCCUGUUGAUGAGGUUUUUCUUGAGAGUGGACAACGUGAUCAUCAGGGUGCAUGAUACCAGACUUUACCAUGAGGCUGACAAGGAUUACUUCUUGAGGGAGUAUUCAGCAAAAGAGAACAACAUUAAUGAUUUGGUGAAGCGGGGAGUGCCAGCAAGGCUUCUCCAUGAUCCCAACGAGAUCGUGAGCAGACUGGACUCCAAGGAGAUGGUCAUCCACAAACUCAAGUUUCCAGCGGUCCAGACUACAAACCCAGAUGCACAGACAGACUCCCAGGUCCAGACUACAAACACAAACUCCCAGAAAACAGACUGCACAGAUUCUGAUGCAGCAGAGAAAUAACAUGGUCCUGUCCCCAGCUUUCACUUUUUUUUCUGUCUCAAACUAUAGACAGACUCACAGCAAACAUACCUGACAGACUUGUUGUAACUGUAAGUAGAGAAGUGUUAUUAGGCAGUACUGCACUUUGCUUAAAGAUCACUAGAUGUCUCUGCUGCACUGCUUUGUGCACAGAUUUAUCAUCACUAACCAUCAGGCAAUGAUGUUGUUGAAGUUUACGAUUGCGUAACAGGGCUGUCUUCGGGUUUAAACUUUUUUCUGUCCCACUCAUUGUUUUGGAGCCCACGUUGUUGCUUUUGUUGUUGGAUCCGUCAUUUUAAGCUGACGAAAACACCUUUUCAUCAAUUUCCUGUCAUGCACCUCAGAUUUUUUGGACAGAUGGGGUGAAAUUUUUGUCCAUCCCGAUAAGCAGAUUUCCAUUGUGGGAUGGAGGGACAGGUCUUGGAGGCAGCCCUGGUCACUGGGUAUGUGUGAGCUGAGUGGAAAAUCAAAAUCAAUGGCCUGAAAGCAGGGAUUUUUUUUUAGGUUGUAAGUUAUCGUUUCAGUCACUACAUGCCCUAUUUAAAAAUAGACUGACUCUGGGAUAUGAAUUUGAUUUUAACCUUUAUCACCCUGAAGUAGCCAUUUGGCUACCAAUUCUCUAUUGGUUGGUGUGUUACACCGAACGGAGGUUAUACCGGCUAUAUAGAUACAGAUGGUUAAAGAAUUAGUUAGCUGGGAGAUCUGUAUAGAUAUUCAGGUUAUGAUAGAAGUAAAGAUGCCAUAAUGACAUAAUGUAGAAGAAAGUAAAAGUAUUCUCUUUCAAUUCACUUUACUGCACAGCCAGGACUGUGGGGAAAUACAAGGCUAUAGUUUAGAUUUUCGAAUUUCCCAAGAUUCUAACUUAAGAGAUAUAUAUAUAUAAUUCUCUGUAGUACUAUCCAGUAUUUGAUUAUACUGCUGCAGGGUCCUUGACAAAGGGGUAGGCAGUAGUCGGCUAGUCUUCACACACCGCUUCCAGGCAGCUCUGACUUUUUGUCAAUGUGUGUAAAUUUUCAGAAUGUCACAUAUACUUUCAUAUUGCACAUAGGAUGUUGGGUGUUUCUGUGCUUUGAAUAAGUAUGACAGUACUUUUUGUACACAAAAAGCUACAUUCACAUGUUAGCCACCGAAUACCAGUGUUUGAUAUUAGUGUUUUUGUGUGGUUUGCACCAGUUUGUGAAACCAUAGAAUGGUUGUCUUUCUGUAUCAAUAUUUUGGUUUGAACAAGAACUGGUUUUAUGACAAAACAUCAUUGCUGGAUGAGAUUAAAUAAUGUGGACAAAAUGGUGAUGUUUUGUUAUACAUGUCAUAAUGAAGCCUUUAGUGAUGGGGUAAAGCACACUGUUGUAAAAACAGUUGAAUGUCAGCUUCACUUUGUACCCAAAGCUGUACAAUGAAUAGAUUGCAAUCUUUACUAACCUGUGAGCAACAUAUCUCUUUGAAA